UUCUCGAAAGGGACAAAAAGGCGCCGCCUAACGCACAGAUACCAUGAAAUCCAAGAACACCCCCUCCAGCUAGAUUUCCCUCCUCGCCCCUCCCAUCUAGGCAGAUGAUCUUCCAGAAGGUCCACCAAAGAUUCCUCCUCGAUUCUUCACUGCUCAUCCUGAAUCCAUCAGCUCCCUGCGCCCCUGUUCCGCUAUGCGCAACCAGAAAGAUUCUUCGAACAAGAAAGGAAAACAAAUCGAGCUGCUGAUACUCUGAGGAAUUGACAAGUCCUCUGCUCUUCAAUUUGGUAAGAAAUAUUUCAUCCGGUGGUGUGACCAUUGCUAGGAAUGGAUGGGAUUGGGACAUCGGUUUGUGGUGCCGGCUCACCGCCGGACAUGGACUCUUUUACGCUCUCAGACUUUGAUGGCCUUGAGAGAUACACGGAUCUUGGUGCUGGCAUCUCGGUAGAUGACAGUGUUCUGUCAGCGCUCUGUUCUUCACUGAGUUCGGAGGAGCAAGCUGAAGCUGGUGCUUCCAUCAGCGAGGAUGGUGACUCCCCUGACGGUUCAGCUUCCGGCGAGGUUAUGCACAUGUGCACUGCUACCCUCCCCAAGUCAAUACAUGGUGCUGCCAUCACCCUGCCGGAGAGGAUGCUGAGGGCUCUGGCGAUGCUAAAGGAUGCAUCAAGUGGUUCUGGAGCAAUCCUUGCUCAAGUCUGGAUGCCUGUGAGAUAUGGGGAGCGCCAGGUUCUUACAACCUCUGACCAGCCGUUCUUGCUGGAUCAGAGGCUCACAGGGUACAGAGAAAUAUCCAGGAAGUUCAUAUUCUCUGCUUCAGAAGGACCAGAGCAAUUCCCUGGAUUGCCCGGGAGGGUUUUCAUAUCUUGCAUGCCAGAGUGGACCUCAAAUGUAAUGUACUACCACGACUCAGAGUAUUUGAGGGUGGAUCAUGCCGCGCGCCAUGAGGUCCGUGGAUCCCUUGCUGUGCCAGUUAUCGAUUCCAGUGGCCCUUCAGAUUCUUGCUGCGCCGUGCUAGAAGUAGUUAUGACACAGGAGAAGGACAACUUCAUGUCCGAGAUUGACAGCAUUUCUAAAGCUCUGCAGUCUGUUAACUUGAGCACUGUGAAAGCAUGGACAUAUCCCCAGAACCUUACUAGGAACCAGGAAUCUGCAUUCACAGAAAUAUCGGAUGUUCUGCAAACUGUAUGCCAUGCACACAUGCUACCUCUGGCACUUGUAUGGGUUCCGUUUUGCUCGAGCAGCAAUGCAAAUGUGUCGAUUGAGUAUGGUGACCAGGAUAUGAAAUUCAAUUUAAGGAAGAAAGAUUUGCUUUGCAUACAUGAAUCUGCCUGUUAUGCCAAUGACAUGAGGAUGCACUAUUUUGUCCGUGCCUGUGGUGACCACCCCCUUGAGAGGGGACAAGGUGUUGCUGGAAAUGUAAUCUUAUCAAAUAGUCCAUUCUUCUCCUGUGAUGUAAAGGAUUAUGAUGUGUGUGAUUAUCCACUGGCCCAUCAUGCACGGAAAUUUGGCCUUCAAGCUGCUGUCGCAAUUAGGCUGCGGAGCACAUACACUGGAAGUGAUGAUUAUGUGCUAGAGUAUUUCCUUCCACUGAUGUGCAAAGGUUGUGAUGAACAGCAGCGCUUACUUGAUGACAUUGCAGAGACUAUGCAGAGAGCGUGCAAGAGUCUGAGAACUGUUUCGAAUUCUGAACUGAUGGCAGAUACCACAGUAAAGCCAUCAAACAAGAAGGGAUGUAGAAUAAGAUUCCCAUCAUCUGAUAUGUCUAUAAAUUCAGGCCAUAAACUUAAUGUAAUUAGCACAAUCAAAGCAAAUGUGCUUUCUGGACAUCAGAAGAUGAACACUAACGAGCUACUGGGAGAUAUGAAGCGUGCUAAAAAGUUGAAACCUAGCACUACUUCACAUGGGGAGAAAACGAGCACCUCAAUGGAGAAGAAUAUUAGCUUGAGUGUCCUUCAGAAGUAUUUUGCUGGGAGUCUAAAAGAUGCUUCAAAGAGCCUUGGUGUUUGUCCCACGACAUUAAAAAGGAUAUGCCGUCAACAUGGAAUAUCACGGUGGCCGUCUCGUAAGAUAAAGAAGGUGAAUCGAUCUCUAGAGAAGAUCCAGAAUGUCAUAAGCUCAGUACAUGGAGUUGUUGACAGAGAACUAAAAUAUGAUCCUGCAACUGGAUUUCUCAUUUCAUCUAUUUCCCCUUCUGGGAAUCCUUUGCUGAUUGAUGUUGAAGGUGAUGGUGUUGAUCCUCCACACAUUGAAUCUGAAAGUUCGCAACUAAAGAUUAAACUUGAUUGUGGUGCUAGUCAAGGAGAAUAUCAAGGCCAACUUGUUUUGAAAGCACAGGAAGAAAAGUUGAGUGAAAUUGAUUUCAGUCUGAAUGAGGGAAGAUUGUCUCUAAAUUCACAUUCUUCUGGUACAUCAAACAGGUCACUAUCUGCUGAUACAUACAAUGUUUCACACUUUAUAAAUGAAAAAGCCACUUCCUUCCAAACCGGGUUGGGGAUAGUGGGAAGUCAGGGCAAUAAUGCAUCAAGGGAUUUGUUUCUUGUGCCACAAUCUAAUAUCGGGACUGAAACACUCCCAUCUUCAUCCAGCAAGACAGAUUACUCCAGUGGCAGUGCAUCCAGUCAUGGAACUUUCCAGAAAUGCUCCAAAACUCAGGCAUCAGCUAAUGAAGGCAAUACAACCGUCACUGUGAAGGCCAAUUACAAGGAUGAUGCCGUGAGGUUCAAGUUGCUGCCAUCCAUGAAACACCAUGAUUUGCUCGAGGAAAUCGCAAAGCGGAUGAAACUAUCUGUUGGAUCGUUUCACCUCAAGUACAGAGAUGAUGAGGAUGACUGGGUGAUCCUAGAAAGCGAUGCUGACCUACAGGAAUGUCUUGAUAUACUAGAAAUCACCAGGUCACAUGUUUUAAAAGUUCAAGUAAGAGAUGUUACACAUCCUGCUGCAAGUUCAGGUAGUAGCUCAGUAUUAGGCAUGUAGGUCAGCACACUGCGGCAAAAAACUGGUGCAGCAGAAUGUGUGCAUUUUGCUGUAUUGUACAAAGUACUGGUGCAGAACUAUUUGUUCAGUUUGCUGUAUUGUACAAAGUACUGGUGCAGAACUAUUUGUCAAGUUUGCCAUGUUGUGCAAAGCAUGUAAAGAGCCUUGAUGUUUGAGCAUAAUUACUGCUAUUCCAUAUUGUUCAAAGUAGAAACUUUGGUGCUCUUCAUAAUUUCUCCGUGCAGACUGAUGGUAGAGUUUAAAAGAUGUUCAGUAUUGAAUAUAUAUGAUUGUAACGUUGAACUUCUGAA